AUGGCAGUGGACAACCAGGAGGAGCAAGAAGACGGUUGCGAGGAAAGUUCAGAGCUGCCAGAGCUACUGGAGCUGAUUGAUUUGGCCGAGAGCUCGGCUGAGGAUGUCGCUCGAUUCGCGGAAGUGCUCCGGAAUAUCGGCCGCCGUGUGAAAGCUACACCUGGCGACAGAGAUUUGCUGAGCGACUUUGAGGGCAUCUCUCAAAUUUGCGAGGCUUUAAGCAAGGAGCCUCACACGUGGGAGGGAGAAGCAAUGCUGGCAUUCUGCCGUGCAAUGCCUGAGAUCUGUCGGACGAGUGUCGUAAACCGUGCCUCGCUCCGCGACGCGGGGUUUCUAGCCGCCUGCGUGCGCUUGCUGCACGCAGGUGUGAGGGAGAAGGAUGAAGCCAAGGCAGUGGCUGCUUCGCAAGCCCUUGCCGCCUUGUGCACUGCCAGCGACGCCAACAAGCAGGCAGCCAUGGCCGCUCACGAAAGCGCAGGUGAGCCUGGCCUGCUUCCAUUGCUGCUGGAUGUCCUGGUGGCGUUUCCUGACUCUUCGCAAGUCCAAGCUGAGUCAAUGGCAGCACUGCGGUCCCUCGUUGUGGAUGAUGACAGCCGAAAGUCUGAAACUGCACCAUCUGCGCUUGAGAACCGUGAAUUGCUGCUCAGCGAUGAACUAUACCCGAAUGUGAAGAGUGCAGUACAGCAUGCAUGCCACCUCUCGCAGCGCCAUCCGCAGAUUGUGAAGCUGACGGAGCAAGCUUUGCUACUACUGCGUGAGAUCUCGAGAGGUCAGGAGCGAGUGCAGGAGAUUGCCAAACCAAGCAACAAGCUUCUGACAUUCGUGCAAAAAUCGCUGGAGUCUUCGGAACCCCGCAUCCUCCGUGCGGCAAUGGCCGUUCUGCGCGCCUUUGCGCUCUGCGAAGAUGUUCGGGACGAGCUCUCAUUGUCGUGCGAGACGUGCCGAUACGUGCAAGCCAUUCAACGCAACGUGGCAACGCCUGUUGUUUGUGAGCAAGGCUUUGGCCUUCUCGCAAACCUCACCCUUCGCAACCCUGCAAUGGCGUCGUUUCUCAAUGAUUCAGACCAUCAGGUUGUUUCUUUGGGCCAGCUUGUGCUGCAGAAGCACGCGGACAGGCCUGAUGUUUCGAAGUCCGUGAUCCAGUUGCUUUGGGGUGUUGCGAGGCAGAAUGCGAAAGCACUUGCGGAGGUGCGCGAACUGGAGCUGUUCGUUGCAUUCCGCAGCAUUGUCAGUCAACAUGAAGCUGAUCCUCGCUGGCAUGAUGCCGUGGAGGUCGCCCGCCAGAUCCUCCGUGAGUUUCGCGAGGAUGCAGGUGUGCAGAAGAAGGCCAUUUACAACGCGGCCUACCUGCAGUGGUCGAUGCAGAUCGAUGCAACGGCAAUCAAGCCUUCUGCGAGCAAUCAAACCAAGGUGGUCAGCCAGAUGCUGGAAGCCCAAAGAUCAGACUUCCUGGCUACAGGUUUGGCCGCCACUUCCAGGCAUCUAUGUCGAGUUCUGCCUCUGGACAAUCUUUGUAAACCGUAUGUUGAUGAUUUCCGCCGGCUCGCACAGGAGGUGUUGCCUGGUCAUUUGGGCCCUGACGUUGCCUCAACAACGUGGGCAUUGGAGUUCAAGUCCCGCAAUGCAAACACACUCAAGAAGGAGGUGGUCCUGGAAGUGCUGGAUGCCAUAGUUCCGAAGGGCCACCACAAGGUAAAUCUCAACGACCCUGCCAAGUGCAUUCUUGUGGAGGUGCAUCCGUCAUGGUGCGGAUUGAGCAUUGUGGAGAACUGGGCGAGAUUGAAAAAGUACAAUCUCCAUGCGUUGACAACGCCGGAGGAUUUGACUGCUUGCGAGGUUUUCCGGGAAGCACGGAAGCCUGAAGAGCCGAAUGCAGAAAGCACAGGCCAGACCUAA